CCGAUGUCCGAGAGAUGUUCUAUAAGAAGUAUACUCGAUUCGGUCUUAUGGCUUAUGAUGAAAUGACCUCAGACAUCCCAGAACAUAAACACCUGACACCCCAUAGUUACUGGGAUGGGAGAGCCCGAGGCCUUGGGCCAACACUCGAUUGGCCAAUCGUUACUGGGGGUGAGGAAAAUACUGUAUGCUUGAAGGCAGACAGGUACACCACUGAGGACAUUCCUCUUCACGAGUUAGCCCACGGGGUAGCUCAACAUGGCGCCCGUUAUGCCAUUCCUGACUUCGAUGAGCGACUGGAUGCGUUAUAUGCGGCAGCCAAGGCCAGUGGAGAGUGGAACUCGACAUACGCCAUGACCAACAGCGGAGAAUAUUGGGCAGAAGCAACGCAGAGUUUCUUUAAUGAUAAUUUAGGCUCGAAAGUACCCAACAGGGCAGUACUGGAGGAGAAGGAUAUGGGGAUCGUCAAGCUUCUCCAGGAGAUCUGGCCGUGUAAAAACAAGUAUCUCAAAAGAUGCUACAGUUCAAGAGAACUUGAAGACGCACAAGUGUUGAAGAUGAACUGCAAUGGAACGAAGAGUACGGUAUUUACCGUUUCAGAAGAUUGCUUCGACAAAAACCGUGACUGCGAGAAUUGGGCAAAACACGGGGAAUGUACGAGAAAUCCAGUUUAUAUGAAAAGGAACUGCGAAAAAGCCUGUGGGCUGUGCACAUUACCUGCAACCAAGUACAGUGGUAAAGCUAAUAAAGGCAAGAGGGUUGUCGGGAAGCCAAUCCUGACUUGUGGUGAUGUGGCUGCCGACUGUCAGAAUAUCACUUGUACCGCCAACAUCACCUAUGCCAUUCAACAAUGCCGGAAAACAUGCACCAAGUGUAAAUAUUACCUAGAGAAGGACUAUGGGACUUUUAAAGCAUCUAAGGCGGUGGACGAGACCCAGUGUAAAUCAGGAGAUGGCUGGAAAAGAUGCUGGUGGGACGAGGAAUACAAAGCUAGCUCAAAGUGUACCGAGGAUGGAGGAAGGGUUAGGUUAAUUGAUGGCAAGUAUAACUGCGCGUGCAGGUACAAGGGCAAACCUAUGUACACAGAUUGCAGAAAACUAAAGGCAUGAGAAGAAGAUAUGUGACGUCACGGGAAGAAUCGUCAGGAGUUUUGGCAUAUUUUCAAUCGAUUUAGUAGUGAUUGAUUUGGAUCUUAUGAACUGUAAAUCGAUUGAAAUUCAAGAAUA